AUGAGAGUAAGCGCGCUUGUCUUACUCUCAGCACUCGCUGCGGUGUCGUCAGUGUCGGGAUACAACAUUCUGUGUAUGUUCCCGAUACCAUCACGGAGUCACUCGCUCUUGGCUAAAGGCAUUGUCAAUGUCCUCUUGGAGGCUGGCCACCAGGUUACAUGGGUUACGCCGUUUCCAGAGAAGUCAUCGCAUAAAAAUUUGAAGCAAAUAGAAGUGAGCACUACUCGCGAUCUUGUUGCUUGUAAGUUACUUACUUUAAAAUUAAAGUGA